AUGGCAGGCAUCUUUCUGCUCCUGGCGCUUUGCGCAGUGAUGGCCGUUACGUACGAAAGAAUCCUCAUUAAUUAUCUUUGGGCUUUGACACCCGACAACAACCCCCGCCCCAAGUCCACUACUAACAUGGCCGCCGCCCUUAGAUCUUUUCUUGCUGGGGCGCUCCCCUUGUCCAUGUCGCUUUCGCAAUCGCAGCUGCGUCUAAUGUCUAGCAUCGGCGUCGGUAUAUUGGUGGGGACAUCGCUUAUAGUCAUCAUUCCCGAAGGAAUCGAAGCAGCUGCUUCGUCGCCCAUUACAUCGCACGCUCAUAAAGUCCGCAGCCUGGCUCGAAGAAGCCCGUGGAGCUUCGGUCUGGGAGAGGGAGAGAUAAUGGAGCAAAUCGGCGCAGUCGCGACACUGCGUCGACAAAACCCCCCCCCAAGUGAGGAAUGGCCGGCCGUCGUUGUAUCACGCGCUACCCAUCCAGGAGGCUUCAGGCGAGACAACGAGCCUGCCGCAUCCGCGCCGCCCGAAGGUACCAAGCACGACAAGCCGAAACAGGAGGGGAGAAAAGACGGGCAAGGGGUGGAAAUUCCAGCCUUCGAGGUCGGCUUCUCCAUGAUCCUUGGCUUUGUCCUCAUGUUCCUCAUUGACCGGCUGCCCAAGCAUGCCUCGGCGAGUCUGCUGCCCGGCCCACAGCCUCAGCACUUUAGCUUGGACAACCUGGGCGGGACUGGCGUAGCAAUGGCAUCAGAAGAAGACGAGGAGGAAGGUCUCCUUGGCUCACUAACCCCCUUGUCAAAAUUCACGAGAACCCUCGCUACAACGACGGGCCUGGUCAUACAUGCCGCAGCUGAUGGCAUUGCCAUGGGCGCUUCCUCUGCCACCUCCAACGUAAAGCUAGGAUUCGUCAUCUUCAUCGCCAUCAUGAUACACAAGGCUCCAGCUGCCUUUGGGCUGACGUCUGUUCUUCUCAGGCAAGGCCUCUCGAAACGAGCGGCUCGUGGGCAUUUGCUUGUGUUUAGUUUGGCAGCGCCAGCGGGGGCUGUUGCGACAUGGCUCAUGAUCAAGGUGCUGGGUGGCGAGCACCUAGACGGCGAGAGCGGCACGUGGUGGACGGGGAUGCUGCUGCUCUUUUCCGGGGGCACUUUUCUAUACGUCGCCAUGCAUGCUAUGCAAGACGACAGCUCAUCUCAUAGUCACGACAGUCAUUCGGGAGCAAACGGCUAUUCGGAUGCGACGCCGGCGUCUCAACGUAAGCCCAAAGGUCCUGAAGCUCGUGACACUUUAGCCACAGUGGUGGGCAUGCUGUUGCCGCUUCUGACGCAGUUCGGACACCAUCAUUGA